CACAGGGGCAGACUGACCAUUUGGAAACUUGGGCUCUGCCCGAGGGCCCGGGGUAAGUAGGGGGCCCCAUGAGAUGCCCCUGGUACCUUUUUCAUAGGCUUUUUUGAGUUUGGGCAAGGACACAGGGGCCCCAUGCCCAUCCCCUAUUGCUCGGGGGCCCCAUGAGUUGUCAGUCUGCCCCUGGUCAUACAUGUCUCCUCAUCAAUUCUCACCAGUGCUGCCUCAUUAGUGCAGCCUAUCAGUGCCCAUCAAUGCUGCCUAUCAGU